GCUCUUCACGGGUCUAACCUUUAGCCAGUGAGUGCGUUUCGUUAUGGGAGCAAACGGAAGCUAAACUAUAAAAUAGCCACGCUAUGACGUUCCUAGCUAUCUAAGAUCCAAAGGUCUAAACUAACCGGUCUCAAUAUUCUUUUAAGAGGGAAGGAUACUCUAACACUGCAAAAGAAAACAGAUAACCCACUAGUCACUCCUGCAACCAAGGUGAUGAAGCCUAAAGAACCCGUAAAGCAAGAUGGAGACGUGAGGACACCAGCCGUGUAGGAAGCCAGCCUUGAUGAGGGAUGAAGAGCAUCCGCUGGCUCACUCCAAAGCCUAUCACCCCUGUGGUCCUUGGCUGCAUAUGGAUCUCUGUGGCACAGUGUACAAUUCUGAGCAGCUGCCUAACGUCCUGUGUAACUAACCUGGGCAGACAGCUUGACAGUGGCACACGGUACAAUCUGAGUGAGGUGUGCAUUCAAGGGUGUCAGUUCUGGAACCCUUUAGAACAGGAAAAGUGUGCUUUAAAGUGUAAUGAUACGUAUGCCACCGUUUGUGAGAGGGAGUCCUGUGAGGUCGGCUGCAGCAGUGCAGAGGGCAUCUAUGAAGAGGAAGUACUGGAAAGCACAGAGCUCCCUACAGCACCCGUUGCAUCUUCCAUUGGAAGCCAUAGUGUGACAUUACGGUGGAACCCUGCCAAUAUCUCUGGAGUCAAAUACAUCAUUCAGUGGAAAUAUGACCAGCUUCCAGGAAGCUGGACUUACACCGAGACUGUGUCCAAGCUCUCAUAUGUGGUGGAAUCCCUGCAUCCUUUCACUGAAUACAUUUUUCGAGUGGUUUGGAUCUUCACAGCUCAGCUGCAUCUCUAUUCCCCUCCAAGCCCCAGCUACAGGACUCAUCCUUAUGGAGUUCCAGAAACUGCACCCUUCAUUGUGAACACAGAAAGCUCAAGCCCGGACACUGUGGAAAUCAGCUGGGCUCCACCCCAUUUCCCAGGCGGCCCUAUUCUGGGUUAUAACUUAAGGCUGAUCAGUAAAAAUCAAAAAUUAGAUUCAGGGACACAGAGAACCAGUUUCCAGUUUUAUUCUACUCUUCCAAACACCACCUACAGGUUUUCUAUUGCAGCAGUCAAUGAAGUUGGUGAGGGGCCAGAAGCAGAAUCUAUAAUUACCACUCCAUCCCCAGCAGUUCAGGAAGAAGAGCAGUGGCUCUUUUUAUCCAGAAAAGCUUCUCUAAGAAAGAGAUCUUUAAAGUACUUAGUAGAGGAAGCACGUUGCCUUUGGUCAGACACUAUACAUCAUAAUAUUACAGGAAUAUCAGUGAGUGCCCAGCAGCAAGUGGUUUAUUUCUCAGAAGGAACUGUCAUAUGGAUGAAGGCAGCAGCCAACAUGUCUGAUGUGUCUGACCUGAGAGUUUUUUACCGAGGCUCGGGUCUAAUCUCUUCCAUCUCCAUAGACUGGCUUUACCAGAGGCUGUAUUUCAUCAUGGAUAAACUGGUAUAUGUCUGUGACUUAGAGAGUUGCUCAAAUUUUGAGGAAAUUACACCAUUCUCCAUUAGUGCGCCUCAAAAAGUUGUGGUUGAUCCCUACAAUGGGUACGUCUUUUAUCUCCUGAGAGAUGGUAUUUACAGAGCCAAUCUCCCUUUGCCAUCUGGCAGGGACGCCAAGGCGGUGCGUAUUGUGGAGAGUGGCGCAUUGGAGGCCUUUGCGGUAAAGCCGCAGUCCAAGCGAAUCAUUUACUUCAAUGCCACCACACAAGUCUUCAUGUCAACAUUUCUGGACGGCUCGGCUUUCCAUCGGGUCCUGCCUUGGGUCCCCCUCGGGGACGUGAAGAGCUUUGCUUGCGAGAACAGUGACUUUCUCAUCACAGAUGGCAAGGCCAUUUUCCGGCAGGACUCCCAGUCCUUCAAUGAGUUCAUCGUGGGAUGUGACCUGAGUCACAUAGAAGAAUUUGGGUUUGGUAACUUGGUCAUCUUUGGCUCAUCCAUCCAGUCGUACCCUCUGCCAGGCCAUCCACAGGAGCUUUCAGUGCUUUUCGGUUCCCGGGAGGCGCUUAUUCAGUGGAAGCCUCCCGCUCUCGCCAUAGGAGCCAGUCCUUCCGCCUGGCAGAACUGGACUUAUGAGGUAAGAGUGUCCUCCCAAGACCUUCCUGAAGUCACUCAAGUUUUCUCUAACAUAAGUGGGACCAUGCUUAGCGUACCGGAGCUGCAGAGUGCUACAAAGUAUAUGGUUUCUGUGAGAGCAAGUUCUCCUAAAGGCCCAGGCCCCUGGUCGGAGCCCUCAGUGGGUACCACCCUUGUACCAGCUACUGAGCCACCAUUCAUCAUGGCCGUGAAAGAAGAUGGACUUUGGAGCAAACCACUCGGUAGUUUUGGCCCAGGAGAGUUCCUAUCCUCUGACAUAGGAAAUGUGUCAGAUAUGGAUUGGUAUAACAACAGCCUGUACUACAGCGACACAAAAGGCAACGUCUAUGUGCGCCCACUGAAUGGGAUGGAUAUCUCAGAGAAUCUUCACAUACCCAGCAUUGCAGGAGCUGGUGCUUUGGCCUUUGAGUGGCUGGGCCACUUUCUCUACUGGGCUGGGAAGACAUAUGUGAUCCAAAGGCAGUCUGUGUUGACGGGACACACAGACAUUGUGACUCACGUGAAGCUGUUGGUGAGUGACAUGGCUGUGGAUUCCAUUGGCGGCUAUCUGUACUGGACUACACUCUACUCCGUUGAAAGCAGCAGACUAAAUGGAGAAAGUUCCCUUGUACUGCAGGCUCAGCCCUGGCUGUCUGGAAAGAAGGUUAUUGCUCUAACACUAGACCUCAGUGAUGGGCUCCUGUACUGGCUGGUGCAGGACAAUCAGUGUAUUCAUCUGUACACAGCUGUUCUCCGAGGAUGGAGUGCUGGGGAUGCUACUAUCACAGAGUUUGCAGCCUGGAGUACUUCGGAAAUUUCGCAGAAUGCACUGGUGUACUACAGCGGUCGACUCUUCUGGAUUAAUGGCUUUAGGAUCAUUACAGCACAGGAAAUAGGUCAGAGAACCAGCGUGUCUGUUUCGGAACCAGCAAAAUUCAACCAGUUCACAAUCAUACAGACAUCCCUCAAGCCUCUGCCAGGAAACUUUUCCUCUACUCCCAAAGUUAUCCCAGAUUCUGUCCAGGAGUCUUCAUUUUGGAUUGAAGGACACAGUUCAAAUUUCCAAAUCCUGUGGAAUGAGCCCCCUGCGGUGGACUGGGGCAUAGUUUUCUACAGUGUGGAAUUCAGCGCUCAUUCUAAGUUCCUGGCUAUUGAACAACAGCUCUUACCUGUUUUUACUGUGGAAGGGCUGGAGCCCUAUGCCUUAUUUAAUCUCUCUGUCACUCCUUAUACCUACUGGGGAAAGGGGCAAAAAACAUCUUUAUCACUUCGUGCACCUGAAUCAGUUCCAUCAGUACCAGAGAACCCCAGAAUAUUUAUACUGUCAACUGGAAGAUACACCAAAAAGAAUGAAGUUGUGGUAGAGUUUAGGUGGAAUAAGCCUAAACGUGAAAAUGGAGUGCUAACCAAAUUUGAAAUUGUCUAUCAUAUAUCUAAACAAAAUGGCACCAACGAAACAACCAAAGACUGGAUUUCUGUCAAUGUCUCAGCCCUAGUGAUGUCUUUUCAGCUUGAGGCCAUCAGUCCUGGGUAUACUGUUGCCUUCCAGGUUCGAGUCUUCACAUCCAAAGGGUCGGGGCCGUUUUCUGAUACAGUGAUCGCUAACACUUCAGAAAUCAAGCCACUUCCAUAUCUCAUAUCUCUUCUUGGCAAUAAGAUCAUGUUUCUAGAUAUGGACCAAAACCAAGUUGUGUGGACGUUUUCUACAGAGGGAGACGUCAGCACCGUGGGGUACACGGCAGAUGAUGAAAUGGGGUACUUUGCUCAAGGAGACUCGCUCUUCCUUUUGAAUUUGCGCAAUCGGUCCAGCUCCAAGCUUUUCCAGGACGUGCUAGUUUCUAAUGCUGCAGUUAUCGCAGUGGACUGGAUUGCCAGGCACCUCUACCUUGCUCUGGAAGCAUCCCAAGAGGGAUCACAGAUAUUCGACGUUGAUCUUGAGCACAAGGCAAAAUCCCCUAGGGAGGUGAAGAUUUGCAAAAGGCACUCAACAAUAGUUUCUUUCUCUAUGUAUCCCCUUUUAAGUCGCUUGUAUUGGACAGAAGUUUCAGACCUCGGCCAUCGGCUGUUCUACUGCAGUAUUACCAAUCACACAUUGCACCACAUUCUACAACCCAAGGCCUCAAGCCAGCAUGGAAGAAGUCAAUGUUCUUGCAGUGUGACGGAAUCCGAGUUAAGUGGGGCAAUGACUGUCGAUACCUCUGACCCAGACAGACCAUGGAUAUACUUUUGCAAAGGGCAAGAGAUCUGGGCCAUGGAUCUGGAAGGAUGUCAGUGUUGGAAAGUCAUCACGGUGCCUUCCGCCCUUGCAGGGCAAAGAAUUGUUAGCUUAACAGUGGAUGGGGAGUUUAUAUAUUGGCUCAUCACAACAGAGGCCAACACACUGAUUUAUCAAGCACAGAAGGGAAGCGGGACCAUCCUCUCCCAGGUGAAGACCCCCGAGAGUAAGCAUAUCUCGGCUUACAAUUUAGCUCUGCAGCCUUUGCCAGAUAAAGCAUAUCUGUCUCUAACUUCAGAUAUGGUAGAAGCAACUGUAUUGAAUGCCACCAAUACCAGCCUCACACUCAAAUUACCCCCAGUCAAGAGAAACCUCACAUGGCCUGGCAUUACCAGCCCCACACCAACAUACCUGGUCUACUAUAUGGAAGCUGAUAGGGCAAACAGCUCCGACAGGAAACAUGGAGUGCUGGAGUCACAGGAGAGUGUAGUCCACAUUGAAGGUUUGCAGCCAUUUUCAACAUAUGUGAUUCAGAUCGCUGUGAAGAAUUACUAUUCAGAUCCUUUAGAACAUUUGCCUCUGGGAAAAGAGAUGCAGGGAAAAACUAAAAGUGGAGUGCCCGGGGCAGUUUGUCAUAUUAACGUAACUGUGCUGUCAGACACCAGUCUCUACAUCCUCUGGACAGAAUCGCAGAGGCCGAACGGACCCAAAGAGUCAGUCCGCUAUCAGCUGGUUAUGUCGCACCUGGCUCCGAUUCCCACGGCUCCUCUAAGACAGGGUGAAUUUCCGAGUGCCAGGCUUGCUCUCCUUGUCACUAAACUAUCUGGUGGACAGUUCUAUGUGUUGAAGGUCCUGGCCUGCCACUCAGAGGAAAUGUGGUGUACUGAGAGUCAUCCUGUCACGGUCAGCAUGUUUGAUACACCAGAGAAACCUUCUGCCUUGGUUCCAGAGAACACUAGUCUGCAGUUAGAUUGGAAGGCUCCGUCUAAUGUUAACCUCACCAGAUUUUGGUUUGAACUCCAGAAGUGGAAAUAUAAUGACUUUUACCAUGUUGAAGCUUCAUGCAGCCAAGGUCCAGUUUAUGUCUGCAACAUCACGGAUCUACAGCCUUACACUCCCUAUAACAUCCGAGUGGUGGUGUCCUAUGUGACAGGAGAAAACAGCUCUUCGAUUCCAGAGAGCUUCAAGACAAAAGCUGGAGUCCCUAGCAAACCAGGCAUUCCGAAAUUACUAGAAGGGAGUAAAAAUUCAAUCCAGUGGGAAAAAGCGGAAGAUAAUGGAGGCAGACUGAUGUACUAUGUCCUUGAAAUCAGAAAGGGUAUUUCAAACGAGUCACAGAACCAGAGUUCAAGGUGGAAGAUGGCGUUUAACGGGUCCUGCAGUAGCAUUUGUACAUGGAGGCCACAAAACCUGAAGGGAACAUUUCAGUUCAGAGCAGUAGCUGCCAAUGACAUUGGGCUUGGAGAAUAUAGUGGAACCAGUGAGGAUAUUACACUAGUGGAAGAUGGUUUUUGGAUAACAGAAACAAGUUUUAUACUUACGAUCAUCGUUGGGAUAUUUCUGAUUACUACAGUCCCACUGACCCUUGUCUGGCAUAGAAGCUUGAGAAAUCGCAAAGCUUCCAAGAACGGGCUCUCAGUUCUCAACAACAACAACGACGACGACGACAACGACGACAACGACAAAGAGUUGGCUGAGCUGCGAGGACUGGCAGCUGGAGUGGGCCUGGCCAAUGCCUGCUAUGCAGUACAUACUCUUCCAACCCAAGAAGAGAUUGAAAGACUUCCUGCCUUCCCUCGGGAAAAACUGAGCCUGCGUCUUUUGCUGGGAAGUGGAGCUUUUGGAGAAGUGUAUGAAGGCACAGCCGUGGACAUCCUAGGAGUGGGAAGUGGGGAACUCAAGGUGGCAGUGAAGACCUUGAAAAAGGGCUCUACGGACCAAGAGAAGAUUGAAUUCCUGAAGGAGGCACACCUGAUGAGCAAGUUUAAUCAUCCCAACAUUCUGAAGCAGCUGGGCGUCUGUCUGCUGAGUGAGCCCCAGUACAUUAUUCUGGAACUGAUGGAAGGAGGAGACCUUCUAAGCUAUCUGCGCAAAGCCCGGGGGACGACGCUUCAAGGCCCUCUACUCACCUUGGCUGACCUUGUAGAGCUGUGUGUAGAUAUUUCAAAAGGCUGCGUCUACUUGGAGCAAAUGCACUUCAUUCACAGGGAUCUGGCAGCUCGGAAUUGCCUUGUGUCUGUCAACGACUAUACCAGUCCCCGGGUUGUCAAGAUUGGUGACUUUGGACUGGCAAGGGAAAUCUAUAAAAAUGACUAUUAUAGAAAGAGAGGGGAAGGCCUGCUUCCUGUUCGGUGGAUGGCUCCAGAAAACUUGAUGGAUGGAAUCUUCACUUCUCAGUCUGACGUAUGGUCUUUUGGAAUUUUGGUUUGGGAGAUUUUAACUCUUGGUCAUCAACCUUAUCCAGCGCAUUCCAACCUUGAUGUUUUAAACUAUGUGCAAGCAGGAGGGAGACUGGAGCCACCGAGAAAUUGUCCUGAUGAUCUGUGGAAUUUAAUGUCCCAGUGCUGGGCUCAGGAACCUAACCAAAGGCCCACUUUUCACGACAUUCAAAACCAGCUCCAGUCAUUCAGGAAAAUUUCCUUAAAUACUGUUUCGCAGCGUGGAGAAGAAGCACACACUGGUGGAGUCGUCAAUGAAGGCUUUGAGGGUGAAGACAAUGGGACGGCUGCCCUGAAUUCAGAUGAUGCAAUGCCAGUUGCCUUGAUGGGAACCAAGAACCAAGAGGGAUUAAACUAUAUGGUACUUGCCACAAAAUGUAGCCAAGAUGACAGAAGUUAUGAGGGUCCUCUAGACCCCAAGGAACUUGGGUCUCGUGGCCUGAAGAAAGACGAGAAGCAACCACAUGCAGACGAAGAUUUCUGCCAAGAACCACACGUGGCUUACGGUGCUCCUGGCAGGUCUGCAGGCCUGAACUAUGCCUGUCUUGCUCACAGCGGACGUGGAGAUGUGUCUGAGUAAUAGUGUCUCAUAGACAGUACAACACUGAGAUCAGCAUCCUGUUAAGUAACUGGCAGAAAAGAGUAAAGGUGUGGGCGUGGCCUACGACUCUGAAUUGACCCAGAGAAGUUCUUAAGUUCUGCUCUUAGUUCUGAGAGCCAUUUGGUUUCAUCCACAGCAUCCACUUUACCAGUGGCCUAACCUUCAGUGGAUUAUGAGAGGAAUCUUCAUGCUUGUGGAAAUAGGACAAAUCCUAAGCCUGGGAAGAAAACAUCACUGACAGUCUCCUCUGUAGCCCUUUCCUUCAGAGCAUGGCCCUCCCUGUUGUCUGGGAUGCAGUAAAAACACCUCUGUUAAAUGAUUAGUGACGGGAAUAGGUCCAUUCAAGGACCCGAAUUUGGGUUAGGUGUGGAGGAGUCUGCUGAGGACCACCUGAACUCCAGGUUACCUUAACGAGGAUGCUGGAAACAAUUAGAAACAUACAGGAGGGGGCAGCCCUUGUGCCAUGAGAAAUCAUCUGGCAUGCUGUUAUUCCCAUAAAAUAUUCACUUUAAUCAUCACUGUUAAAUCUUUUGUAUUUUGGAAGCUUGGAUGAGCAGCUUUAGGCAUGGCAUAGAAACAGGACCAUGAAAAUCUCUGGAUCUUACAGUUUGACAUUUUGUGAUCUUUAGGUGGCAUAAAAAUUACCUUGUGAUUAAAAAAAUGAUUUUUAAUAUAUUUUUAAAUUUUGUGUGUAUGAGUGUUUGCUUGCCUAAAGGCAUGUGCACCACACGUGUGCUUGGUAUCCUCAGAGGCAAGAAGGGGGCCUUGGAGCUCCUAG